AUGCUGGGCCACGGGGCCGCCCCGCCCGGGUCCCUCGAGCCCUACGAGUCGUGGGGCUCCCUGCCCAUCGUCUGCCUCCUCCACCGGGGUCGGCCGAUGGUGGCCAUCUUCUUCGCCAUCUCGGGCUACGUCGUGUGCCGGCACAUCCUGCGGGCCAUCCACGAGCGGCGCAUCGACGCGGCCUACCGGUCGCUGGCCUCGGCCGCCCUCCGCCGCGCCUUCCGGCUGUACAUACCGCCGACGGUGAGCAUGCUCCUCGUCGCCGUCCUGGCGCAGAUGGGCGCCUUCAGGUCGGAGACGGACAUCUACAAGGGGCCCGACUCGGUCUACAUCAACGGCACCGUGUCCGAGCUCAAGCUGGCCGGCGCCCGUGCCCGCUGCCCGCGCGGCAUCCCGGCCGUCCGCGGCGCCGGCGGCAUAGCCGACUACCUCGACCUCGGCAGCCCGGACUACCUGUACAACCUGACCGGGUGGGACGGCGACAGCCGCAUCUGCAUCAACACGACGUCGCAGCUCUUCGGCCCGGCCAGCGUCUACGACGGCCUCGUCAACCCGGCCGACGGCCAGAUCGCCAAGAUGUCCAACCUCACGCGCGGGCUCGGCACCUACGCCCUGCAGAGCUACGUCUCGGCCGGCGUCUACGCUUACCAGCACGACGUGCCCUACGCCGGGCCGGUGCCGAUGCGCAUCACCGGCUCCAACGUCACCAACUGCACCGAGUUCAAGCUCGUCCAGCUGGGCGGCAUGUGGGAGGAGCACCCGCUCAUCCACGACAACGCCACCUACGCCGUGCAGAACUUCACCCGCGUCUACACCGAGUGGGUCAACCCCUUCAACUUCGGCCACUACCACACCCGCUACGACCCCCACACCUUCACGAUCCCCAUGGAGUUCCGCGCCUCGCUGGUGCUGUACAUCUUCCUCCUCGCCACGGCCGCCGUCAGGCCGAGGUGGCGUCUCGGCCUGGCCUGCGGCGUCGCCGCCUACAGCCUGCACUUUGGCCGCUGGGACGUCGCCGCCUUCAUGGGCGCCAUGGCCAUGUCCGAGUACGACAUCCGCGCCGGCGCCCGAGCCGGCCACUACCGUCUCCUCCAGUCCGAGUCCCCGUCGCCGCACGCGUCGUCGUCGUCGUCGUCGUCCUGGCUGGGCGGCCGCGACCAGAAGCAGCGCCGCCGCCGCGCCUCGGCCGUCCGAUGGGCCCUCACCAUCCUGGCCCUCCACCUCCUCUCCUACCCGGACUCGUCGGCGGAGUACACGCCCGGCUUCAGGAUGCUGGCCGCCUGGAUGCCCAGAUACUACAUGCCGAUAUCGGGGUGGAUGUACUACCAGUCCGUGGGCGCCGUCCUGCUCCUCCGCUGCAUCCUGCACGAGCCCGUCCUGUGCAGGUUCCUCGAGUCCCCCGUGCCGCAGCAUCUCGGCCGCAUCAGCUUCUCGUUCUACCUGGUCCACGGCCCCAUCCUGCACUCGCUGGGCUUCUGGGUCAUGCCUCGACUCUUCGACCUGUUCGGCCAGCCCGUCGGCUUUGCCAUCGGAUGGACCGUCCUGCUCAGCCUCGCGCUGUACGUGUCGAAUAUCUGGUAUAGGCAUGUCGACACGUGGAGCAUGGGUGUCGGUCGCAGGGUCGAGAGGUUCCUGCUCGAGGAUUGA